AUGCAUCAAAUACUCUUGGAGGAUGAUUCCAGGCCUGUAAGGCACCCACAGAGGAGAUUGAAUCCCACCAUUCUUGAUGUGGUGAAAAAGGAGGCGAUGAAGCUACUAGCUACAGGGAUCAUUUAUCCCAUUUCAGAUAGCACUUGGGUUUCACCUUUCCUAGUGGUCCCUAAGAAGUCAGGCAUCGCUGUUGUGAAGAAUCAGGAUAAUGAGUUGAUCUCGACUAAAGUGGCCAACAAUUGGUUACAUGCUGAUUCAUAUUCCACCAGAGGACCAGCACAAACCACAUUCACCUGUCCAUUCGGCACAUUUGCCUACACCAAGAUGCCUUUUGGCCUAUGCAACGCUCCUAGUGUAAUGCCUUGA